AUGGAUAAAUAUUUAAUAGAAGUCUUUAAUUUAGAACCUAAUGUUAAUCAUAUCACUCCACUAGAUGAGUUUAAACUACAUCGUAAUUUCGAUGCUUUCACUGCAGCAUUAAAAGAAUAUGCUUUAAAACAAAAACUCACUGAUGUCGAACAAUUUUAUUUUAACAUUGAAACUGAUCCUCGUCGUAAACCUAUUUAUCAAAUAAGUCAAACACAUUUUGAUAAUUAUUUUCUGACUAUUCAUAUGAUUUUAUCCAAUCCAGUAUUAAUAAAUACACCAACAUUUACUAAUCUUUAUCGUGAAAAACAUUUAUUAUCUGAAAUAACUGAUCAUAUUAUACAUUUAUAUGACACACUCGAUUCGAAACUAUCUCGAUUUUUUAAUAAAACUUUAUUAGAAAAAUUUAUUCUUAAUCUUGAUUUCAUUUCAUUAUCUGAUGAUACUACUGGAUCUGAAUAUAAAAUAUAUUUCAAAUUAUUUACUCAAGAAACGUCUCGAUUAAAAUCAUAUUUAAUUGAAUUAAUAAAAGAUCCUAAAUGGUUAGAACAUUCUGAACAAGGUUUAUCACAAUUUGAACCUGAACUAUAUCAAUUCGCAUUUGAAUAUCGUACUGGUUUAAAAUUAAAAUCACCCAAUGAUUUUAUUCAAAUGAAAUCUUGGGCACAAAAACAUUUAGAUGAACUUAUGAAAGAACUUGAUCAAACAUGUAAUCGUUUAUUAACAAAUGAUAUAGAUAAACAAAAAUCAACAUAUGAUAAAAUGAUGCUUGUCGGUGAAGAUCAAAGUCAACGUUGGUUAACAAAACAAGACAUGAUUGAUGCACAUCAAUUAUGUAUAUCAAAAUAUCGACAAAAAUUUAUUACACAAAAACAAUUUAAAGAAUUUAAUCCACCAGGUCUUAUUGUUCUUGAUAAUCCAUUUCUAGCUGGUGGUUAUUAUUAUAAAGGAAAUUUUUAUUUAAAUGUUUUUCAUUGGAAUAAUGGAAAUUUUAAAUAUGAAGUAGAAACUUUAACAUUACAUGAAACAAUACCAGGUCAUCAUUUACAAAUUGAUAUUGCGUAUAAUUCACCUUAUGUUGAUCAUUUAACUGCCGUUGAUUUUGCACCAUGUAAUGGUUUUAUUGAAGGAUGGGCAUUACUUGCAGAACAUUUAGGUGAUCCAAUGGACGAUGAUCCAUGGUCAUAUUUUGGUUAUUUACAAUCAAAUAUUUUACGUACAUUUCGUAUUAUUGCAGAAAUUCUUUUACAUGUCGAAGGACAAACACCGAAACAAGUUGUUCAAUUUGCAAAACAAUAUUUAGCAACGAGUGAAGAAGCAAUAACAGGUGAAAUUUAUCGUUAUACAGUUUUUCCAGGUCAAGCAUGUUCAUAUAAAAUUGGUUUAGAAGCAUUUAAACGUGUUAUAAAAGAAAAAUUUAAUGUUGUUCAAGUCAAAGAUUUAUUAAGAUCAGAUAUAUUAGACUGGUAUAAAGAAGUUCUAUGGCGAAGUCACAGACCAAUUGAUGUAUUCUUGCAUGAAAAUGGUGUUACAUGGACAUUUGAUGAUUAG